CCCCGAACGGCUACCUCGGGGGCCUCGCGACACCAGGGUCGCGCGCAGGUCGUUCUGGGACUCGUAUUUCACCCUUCCUUCAUCUCGCCAGUUUCUCCCUACGGAGAACUCCAUUUCCCGGCGUCCAUCUCGGUGCCCGACCUUUGGCGCGUGCGCGUUGGCCUCUUCCCCACCCUCCCCAAUUUCCACUCCCCCCACCCCACUUCGCUUGCCGCGGUCGGGUCCGCGGCCUGCGCUCUAGCUGUCGACGCCGUUCCUCGGAAGCAGCAACUCCCCUCCCCCACCCUUGUCCCGGUCCCGGUCCAACCGCUGAGGUGAAGAUGAGCAGCUCAGAGGAGGUGUCCUGGAUUUCCUGGUUCUGUGGGCUCCGUGGCAAUGAAUUCUUCUGUGAAGUGGAUGAAGACUACAUCCAGGACAAAUUCAAUCUCACUGGCCUCAAUGAGCAGGUGCCUCACUAUCGACAAGCUCUAGACAUGAUCUUGGACCUGGAGCCUGAUGAAGAGCUGGAAGACAACCCCAACCAGAGUGACCUGAUUGAGCAGGCAGCCGAGAUGCUUUAUGGAUUGAUCCACGCCCGCUAUAUCCUCACCAACCGUGGCAUCGCCCAGAUGCUGGAAAAGUACCAGCAGGGAGACUUUGGCUACUGUCCCCGUGUGUACUGUGAGAACCAACCCAUGCUUCCCAUCGGCCUUUCAGACAUCCCAGGUGAGGCCAUGGUGAAGCUCUACUGCCCCAAGUGCAUGGACGUGUACACACCCAAGUCGUCGCGGCACCACCACACGGACGGCGCCUACUUCGGUACCGGUUUCCCUCACAUGCUCUUCAUGGUGCACCCCGAGUACCGACCCAAGCGGCCCGCCAACCAGUUUGUACCCAGGCUCUAUGGUUUCAAGAUUCAUCCGAUGGCCUACCAGCUGCAGCUCCAAGCAGCCAGCAACUUCAAGAGCCCAGUCAAGACGAUUCGCUGAUGCCCCCUCCACCUUUGACACCUCCGUUCCUCCGCUGCCGCCCUUUCAGGAAUCCUCUAUGGUUUUUAGUUUAAGUUAAAGGAGUCAUUAUUGUGGUGGGAAUAAUGAAAUAAAGUGGAAGAAAAGGC